CAAAUCGAAACAUGUUCGUCCCGUAAACUUGAUAAACACUGUCCUCCUGGGGCGCGCCAAAAGCAUGAGUAGAACGACCCUCUCAAAACCCUCUUCCCUCCGUAUCGGCUACUCUCUCCGUACACAUGAGAGACACCAUUGGAGGUAGGUUUGUCUAUGGGAACUCACAGCAAUUAGAGUCGAAACUCUUAAAAAAAUGGCUCAUUUGCGUGGUUCUGGUAAUAUGAUGAUCAAACCUAAGAAUGGAACUAACGAUAGUGUCUGGUCGGAUGAGCCCGAUUGCAUUCCGUUGAAAAAACGCAGGAAAAUGCUACUCGCCAUUAAGCUUAUUUCGAAUUUUGCUGACUUUGAAUCCGAAAUUGAACUGAAUCGUGCAUCGAUAUCUCCAGUUGAUGAUGUACAUAAGGAAGAACAACAUUAUGAUUCACAGGGUUCCAAUCCUGUUUGCUUUGCUCGGGAAGAGAGGUUGUCACUAGAACAAAGUCAUGCUGGUAUGCCUUUUGAAUACAGUUGCCAAGGGACUGAAGUGAAGGAGUACAUUAACUCCUAUGGGACGCAAGUUAAUAAAGUUAAUACUUAUGCUGUUUUGGUGGAGAAAGUUGUUGCCAGUGCAAGCAGUUUACCCGAAUCUUCAAUGCCUUUAAAGUAUCCUGUCAAACUGGAGGUUGAUUAUGCAGAUAACAACUUGACAAGUUCAUUGAUAAAUGGUGUAGAGGGCUCUUUGGGUACUUAUGUACAAGCAGUUAAGAUGAAAACUGAGAUUUUUGAUGACUUUGUAGAUGAUCUUGAUCACAUUGUACUGAAAGAGCGGCGAAGGUUGCUGCUAUCAAGGAAGCCUUUGAAACUGACAAAACCAGUUCUGGAGGGUGAUUGUUCAUUGUCCUCUAAGCCAGUUGUGGAAACCACCAUUCAACAGAGUGUUGGCAUGAGGAAGGGAGACAAUCAUUCUUGUGCUGCAGAAUCCUCAGUUACUGGAGAUCAUACUCAUGAUGUUUCAGAAAGAAAUGCUUCUGAUUUUUGCAAGACUUUGGAAUCAGGUUCUUUGAAUGGUAUUAUUGCAGGAUCAUCUUGUACAGUACCUCAUUGUUCAAUAUUGAUGGAGUCAUGCCAAGGGAUUGAAUCUGGUAAAUCAGGAAUGUUUAUUGGAAUUCAAGGAAGUGACAGGAUAUGCUCAUCUAAGAAGGCUUCUACAAUGUAUGAAUUAUGUGGUGGACAGAAUUAUUUGUCUGGUAACCCUCAUUGCAUGCGUACUUCAGUUAUAUCGUCAACCUUUGUAAAUAUCAAGGCUGAACCCUUGGAUUACAGUGAUGUACAUAGCCUGGAUAAGAGUGCUGUAUGUAACUUUCCCUCUAAUAGCAUGAUACCAGUCAAGAGUGAACUAGAAAUCCCUGAAGAAAUUUAUGGAGAUAAAUUAGACCAUAUGUUACUACGAGAUCGGAUUAAGUUGCUGGCGUCAAGAGAUCCUCCUAAUUUGGACAAUUCAAAAAAUUUUAAAUGCUUGAGGAAGAUUGUGCCUUCUGUCCGAGACUGUAGUCCUAUUGUAUCUGAAUCUUCUAAACCUUUGAGAAUAAGCCGUCCACGGAAGAGGAGAAAAACUGCCACUGAUUCGGUUGAAACAGCACUGGAAGAAGAUGCUCCUGGACUUCUGCAGGUGUUAAUUGGCAAAGGGGUGUCAGUCAACGAAAUUAAGCUUUAUGGGGAGAUGGAGAGUGAUGAUGCCCUUGAUGAAUCAUUCAGUGAAGAUGGAUUUUCAGAGCUUGAAGCUGUAAUAUCAAAGCUUUUCUCUCAACGCCAGUCAUUAUUGAAGCUUGCUCCCAUACGAUGCACAAAGGGAGAGAAGGCUAGUUAUUGCUUGGCUUGUCUAAUAUCGCUGGUGGAGCAAGCCAGAUAUCUACAAUUUCGGAAUUGGCCUGUUGAGUGGGGGUGGUGUCGAGACCUCCAAUCAUUUAUAUUUGUUUUUAAAAGACAUAACAGAAUAGUGUUGGAACGUCCCGAAUAUGGCUACGCAACAUACUUCUUUGAGUUGUUGGAUUUCCUGCCCAUCAAUUGGCAGAUCAAGCGCUUGGUGACUGCAAUGAAGCUUACUAGCUGUAGCAGGGUUACCCUGAUUGAGAAUAAAGCAUUAUUGGUGGGAGAGGACUUAACUGAAGGCGAAGCAGAUGUGUUGAAGGAAUAUGGUUGGACGCCAAAUAGCGGCUUAGGAACCAUGCUCAACUAUUGCGACAGAGUUGUUCAUGACCGAAAGAAUGAGAGGGACAGCUCAGAGUGGAGCUCAAAGAUCGGGAAGUUACUUGUAGAUGGUUACAAUAGGGGAACUAUUGUAUCGACCGAUAUCCCAAAGAAGGCUAUGGAAUACUGUGGUGGUCAGGGUCCACAAAUCAAGUUGAAGCUCUGACUUGUGGUUAGUUCAGUUCAAAAAUUUGUAAAUACUAGUCUAAUAUUACACAGUUUUCAAUUUUACUCCGUUUAGUGGAUUUGUUACAAAAAUGAGAGUCAAUUUAACAAUUUCCUUUGUGACUAGACCAAGUUAUUAGCAGGGGAUGAAAUUUUGUGUUGAUGGGACAGUCCAUCUUUGUAGUUGAUUUUAUUGACAUAGUUGCUAAACUGAAUGUGAUAGUUCUCUGAAUUAAAGUUUCAUUGGCUGAAAUACUUC